AUGCCACACUCUUCAGAAGAGGAUAUGGAGCAUCUCAAGAAGCAGCUCAUCCAGAACCAGCUGGACAGCCUCCACAUUUCUAUCGAGAAUCUUGCCAAGGGUAUAGGUCACGUUCCAGCAGAUAUCAUCGCCAGGUCUUGUUUGGCCAUCAUGAAAAGCAUGAGCAGCCUUGCUUACGGCUGUGUGAUGGAAAACAUUGACCGAUAUGAUGAAUCUAGGCUUCAGCAGGUGUGUGAGGAAAUUCAGGCAUUGACUUGUUCCUUCGCAGAGGAUGAUGAAGACGGCAGAAAUGAUCCUGAGGCUAUGCAGCUAUUUGACAAACCUCACCUGAAAGACGAACUUCGCGAUGAACCCCCUGACGUUAAGGUGAAUACGCUACUAUCUAUCCUAGAAAAAGGAAACGCGAUGACUGUCGAGUUUCGUGGUCCCCCCUACGACUAUGCGGUAAUAUUUAUCGCUCAGGCAAAGUGGAUAUUGGCUUCCUUUAUCGAGGAGCUGAAGUACCAUUAUCGGAGUCCCCCUGCAAUAUCUUCCGAGGACGAUGAUGUGUUUUCUGCCACCCUACCAUUGCUGGCUCAGCCUAUUAAUGCGCACUAUGAGAGGUGGAUCAAAAAGCAAGUUGCUGACCAUGAACAAUACCUCCGAUUACCAGUCCAAGACGACGUGGCUUGUGUGGCUCUCCGGACGUAUAAAGACUGCCAGGUCCUCGUGUUUCCAUGUCCACAAGGGCUGGCCCUACAUGCCUUGAGCCCCUCGGGUACCGAGGCAGGAUGGCGGGUUCAACAGGCUGAGAUUCCAUCGGAACUAAGCUCACCCCCGUGGGGCAAUAAUAGAGGUUAUCACGAUGACUCGCGAACAGCUGCACGAUCAUUAUCGCGGAGCAGAAUAUAA